ACUACUAAAUAAGAGUCUCUCUGUUUCUCAUGGAAAUUAUCAUUUUAAGCAGUAGCAAGGGUCAUUUCAGUUGCCUUUCUGUUUCUCACUACUGAUGUCUAUCGCUUCAAUGUCCCUCUUCCUCCACCGAACACCAACCCUCCACAACCUCCUCCGCCGCAUAACCUCCUUUCGCCACCUCCCAGUUAUUGCAGCAAAGCAGCAACAGCAAAAGAACCCUAACAAUGUCUCCAGAAAACCCCAACCGAACAAGAAUCUCCUCAGAGCCAAACAAUCCUUUAAGGAAUAUUCCUCCUUGGCGCCGGUACUCUCUCUAGAGGACAAACCUGACCUCUCUGAUUCACAAGCCAUUGGCACUGUGGCUGCUGCCCAAGCCAACUUUAUGCGUGUAAUCAUCCAGUCACUACCUUCCUCCUCUGAGCUUUCUAGCACCUUCCAGAAGAGCGAAGAGGAAGCUUCUAGUAGUAACUCCGAUGAAGGUAAAAUUGGUGUUGAGUUGCUUUGUGUGGUGAGGGCGGUGCUGAAGAAGAUAAAGAGGAGAGUGCUGGUAGGGGACAAGGUAGUGGUAGGGUCCAUAGAUUGGGUGGACCGAAGGGGCAUGAUCGAGAAUGUGUUUCAACGGAGCUCAGAAAUUUUGGACCCUCCCAUAGCUAAUGUGGAUCACUUAUUGGUGCUUUUCUCCAUGGAGCAGCCGCAGCUUGAGCCAUUCACCCUUACGAGAUUUCUGGUUGAGGCUGAGUCCACUGGGAUUCCCUUGACGCUUGCUUUGAAUAAAUCGGAGCUUGUUGACGAAGGGACGUUGGUGGCCUGGAAACGUAGACUGCGCAGCUGGGGUUAUGAACCAGUGUUUUGUAGUGUUGAAUCCAAGCGUGGACUUGAUUCUCUUGCUUUUAUUCUGAGAGAUCAAACCACUGUGAUUGUGGGUCCUAGUGGAGUUGGGAAAUCUAGCCUGAUAAAUGUUCUGAGAAACAACCCCCGUGCCUGUGAUGCUGCAGAAGUGGAUAAUUGGUUUGACCCUAUAUUAGGAAGUAAGUGGUUUGAGGAACAGCGUGUUGGGGAAGUUUCAACAAGAAGUGGCAGAGGGAAGCAUACCACUCGUAAUGUUUCUUUGCUUCCACUAUCUGGAGGGGGGUAUCUCGCUGAUACUCCUGGUUUUAACCAGCCUAGUUUGCUUAAAGUAACAAAGCAAUCUCUUGCACAGGCAUUCCCCGAGAUCAGGAAAAUGCUUAGUGCCACUGGACCUGCUAAAUGUACAUUCAGUGAUUGCUUACAUCUUGGUGAGCCUGGGUGCAUUGUGAAAGGGGAUUGGGAAAGAUAUUCCUUCUAUUUUCAACUCCUUGAUGAGAUCAGAAUCAGGGAGGAAUUUCAAUUGAGGACAUAUGGAACCAAAAAGGAGGCUGAUGUAAGGUACAAGGUAGGAGAUAUGGGCGUGCAGCAAGCAGAGCCUCGUUUGGAGCCCAAGAAGCACAGAAGACAGUCUCGCAAAAGGAUCAACCAAUCAAUCCUGGAUGAGUUGGAUGAACUGGAUGAUGACGACAACUCACUAGAUGAAGAAAAUGAUCCUUUCUUGAGAGCACUAAGGAAUGAAAAUCAGUAGGAAGUUUAAAAAGUGUCACAGGGUACAUCGAAAAUAAUUAGCUUUUUGACCCCCCUUUCUCGUCGCAGAGAUUGAGCUCAGUUUGUAUAGAUCAGAAUCUGAGGUUAACGAGCACUGCUCUAAGCUUCAUCUAUUCCAUGAUUGGCAGCUAUUUAGAGUUGUCUCACGUCUAACAUGAAUGAUUGUCAUGCUUGAUUGCUAAUACAGAGGUUGUGACCUAAAUGUUGCUUACACAGACAGGCGGCCCACCUAAGAACUGGGCAGUUGAACCGCUCUCUGUGCGAGCAUAUAAAGAAGGUUUAUGAACACUAUUCAGAUCCUUAGGGAAUGUCGUCUUCUGUCUCUGUUAUUGAAUGAAUCUAUGUUUCUUCUUUAAGGGGGAAUGUACUGUUAUAAGAUUAGGGAAAUUUUUACCUGGAUUUGGUUUAUAAUGACAUUUAAAUGUAAAAUAAUUGAAGUUCAUAUACUUGUAUCUUAGCUUCAUAAUGAAGCAAGUCUAUUUAAGUUUUUUCUAUAAGAUCAUUAUUGUGCAA